AGGGGAGAUGGAUAUAUUCUAACCAGAAUCACUCUCAAACCCCGGUUCCAAGUAUUAAGAAACAAGUUGUUAUUGGAUUUAGGUUGAGUAUAACAUGUGGGAAUUCUAUAAUUUGUUUAACAAGUCGGAAUGUCCAAGCACUUGGCCAACCGAAAGCUCCAAGGAAGAGGCCAAAGGGAAUGUGAGCGAAGGCCUGUGACAAAAGAAUAAGACUGUUACCCUGUUGAGCAUAUUAUUGCAGGAACUGAAAAAAGAUUUGGAUCAAGCUUGGAGUUGGGUUUGUCUGCAUGCCUUCAGCAUUUUUUCAAACUGCUUGGAAAUUGGAUGUAAUUCUCUUUUCUACCCUAUGCCAUAUGUAGGGCUUUUUCCUAAUCCAUCCAAGAAGCAAGAAUAUACUCUAGAAAGAAGAUGUUUUUGAGCAAAUAUUUCACAGUUUCAAUUAACCAUGCUUGUUGUAUGGUUGAAGCACAUCUAUUUUCAGUUAAUGCUGGAUUGGUCCUAGCUUAGAAUCUUUUAGUUUUUCCUAAUUUGUAAAAACUAAAGACAAAGGUUGUUGAAUGAUUGAGAAGGAAUUUAACUUUGAUUUGUUUUAAGAUUUGAUUUGAUGCCUUCACCAAAAAGACAAAUCCCUUCCCACAAAUUUGUGGCUUGUGAACUCUUUCUGCUACGUGUCAAUAUUGCUCCCACAGCUGCUAAAUCAGUCGAUGGUUUAUAGGCAAAGUCUGAGAAAAGAAUACAGAAGUAGACAAAUGGAGGUAUGUGCUGGUUGUGGCUGUGACUGCUAAGAUGCAUUAAGAGGCUUGAUAAAACAGAGGUGAACAGUUAAAACAAGUGGAAAGCCUGUAGUUUUAGGUGUUGGAAAGGCCUUACAUUCACCUGUCCCAUAACAUUAUAAAAGGCUAUAUGCUCACAUGAUUUCCAAGUAUAAUCUAAGGUUUGCUAUCUCUUUUUGGCUACCAUGUCUACAACAGUAGCUGAAGAGAGAGGUGGCGGGGAUGGAAGAGAGGAGUACACAGAAGAUGGGACUGUGGAUCUCAAGGGUAGACCUAUCCUAAGAUCGAAGACUGGAAGAUGGAGAGCUUGUUCCUUCAUUGUAGGAUAUGAAGUGUUUGAGAGGAUGGCAUAUUAUGGGAUUGCUUCAAACCUAGUGCUAUAUUUGACAAGGGAGCUCCAUGAAGGCACUGUUAAAUCUGCAAACAAUGUCACCUACUGGGUUGGUACCGUAUGGAUGGCUCCGAUUUUAGGUGCUUACAUUGCAGAUGCUCAUCUUGGACGGUACUGGACUUUUGUCAUUGCAUCAGGCAUUUAUCUCUUGGGAAUGGGUCUGUUAACCUUAGCAGUUUCGCUGCCAGCACUAAAGCCUCCGUCAUGCGGUCAUGGGGUGAAAGAUGAGGACUGUGACAAACGGGCCUCAAUGUUUCAAGUGGCUAUAUUCUAUCUGGCUCUUUACAUAAUUGCAGCUGGAACUGGUGGAACCAAGCCCAACAUCUCAACCAUGGGAGCAGACCAAUUCGAUGACUUCCAGCCCAAGGAAAGAAUUCAGAAGCUCUCCUUUUUCAAUUGGUGGAUGUUUAGCAUUUUCUUUGGUACCCUCUUCUCCAAUACUUUCCUUGUGUAUAUACAAGAUACCGUUGGGUGGAGCCUUGGCUAUGGCCUUCCCACACUUGGGCUGGCAAUUUCAGUCUCGGUGUUCUUGGUGGGUACCCCCUUCUAUAGGCACAAAGUGCCUUCAGGGAGUCCCUUCACUAGGAUGUUUAUGGUACUUGUGGCUGCAGUGAAGAAGAGGAAGGUGGAUGUCCCAAAUGACCCAAAAGAGCUUCAUGAGCUGAACUUGGACGAGUAUGCCAAAUCUAGGACUUUUAGAAUCGAUCAUACCCCUUCACUAAGACUACUAGACAAAGCCGCUGUAAAGAGUGGGCCAACCUCACCUUGGAUGCUUUGUCCAGUGACCCAAGUUGAAGAAACUAAGCAAAUGAUCAAAAUGAUUCCCAUUUUGGUUUCUACAUUCUUGCCUAGCACCAUGUUAGUUCAGGUGUCCACACUUUUUAUCAAACAAGGCGACACUCUUGAUAGGAACAUGGGCCCAAAUUUUGUUAUUCCUCCAGCUUGUCUCACAGCAUUUGUAACAAUCUUCAUGUUGAUAAGCAUAGUAAUCUAUGACCGCUGGUUCAUUCCAUUAGUUCGAAAGUAUACAGGGAAUCCAAGGGGGAUCACAAUGUUGCAGAGAAUUGGAAUUGGCAUCGUGCUUCAAAUCAUUGUCAUGGUCACUGCUUGCUUAGCCGAAAUGAGGAGACUCAGGGUCGCAAGAGAAAAUGGAAUUUUCGGUAAAACGCAAACUGUCCCUCUUACUAUUUUCAUUCUCCUCCCUCAGUUUGCUCUGAUGGGUAUUGCUGAUACCUUUGUGGAAGUGGCCAAGAUCGAGUUCUUCUAUGACCAAGCACCUCAAGGAAUGAAAAGCCUCGGUACUUCAUAUUUCACAACCAGCUUGGGAGUUGGGAGUUUCCUCAGUAGUUUUCUUCUAUCAACAGUUUCUGAUAUAACUAAGAAGCAUGGCCAAGGGUGGAUUGAGAAUAAUCUAAACGUUUCUCAUUUGGACUAUUUUUAUGCAUUCUAUGCCAUCUUGAGCUUCGUCAACUUCCUUUUCUUCCUCGUGGUCGCAAAGUUCUAUGUUUAUAAUGUGGAUGUGGACAUGACGGAAUCCAAAAGAGAACUGCAGAAAGCCAUGGAAACUUCACCAAGUGAAGCUAGAUCUCAAGUUAACGAAGUCCUUUUGAAGGGACUAGGCUGAUUAAACUUGCAUUUUGUUAGAAGAUAAUCUUUUACCUUCUUUCAUACUUGGAAUUAAUACACCAUCACUGUAAAACUCAUGGUGAUGGCAUCCGGAUCGUCCUUGUUUUUGCUUGUUUUUGGUGGUCACAAAGAUGCCAUACAAAGCUUAUUGAGACUGUGAUGAAAGAAAUUUGUACUUCCAUGGAGGUUCUCUAAUUCAAGACCGUCUCUCAAGAUUCUGAA